CCGAGGCGGCGGUGGCGGCCGCGGCCAUGUCCCGCCGGGGGCCCGCGCAGGUGUCGGGCAGCCUCCGGCAGAAGGCGGUGCCGGGCGCGGCCCCGUCGGAGCUGCAGGAGCUGCGGAGCCGCACGGAGCGGGCGGAGCGGCGGCUGCUGGCCUGCGAGAACCUGGUCGGGGAGCUGGGCAGCGGCCUGGCCGCCCUGGGCACCCUCCUGCAGGGCUACGGGCAGCUGCAGCAGCGCCUGCUCAACCUGGAGAACCUCCUCAAGAACAGGAACUUCUGGAUCCUGCGCCUGCCCCCCAGCUCCGGCGGGGAGAUCCCCAAGGUGCCGCUCACCUUCGAUGAUAUCUCGGUGUAUUUCAACGAGCUGGAGUGGGAGAGGCUGGAGCGCUGGCAGAAGGAUCUGUACAGGGCCGUGAUGAGGGGCAACUACGAGACCUUGGUGUCCCUGGACUACGCCGUGUCCAAGCCCGACAUCCUGUCCCAGAUGGAGAGGGAUGAAGAGCUCAGUGACAAAGAGGGUCAGGAGCCCCCGUGGACGCAGACUGGGGAUGGUCAGGAGCCCCUCCGGGCAGCAGAAGAGAGGGACAAGGCAGACGAGGCUCCAGGAGAUGAAACCCCCAUGGAAGCUGCCCCAGGCGGUGCCAAGUCCAAGCCCAACAGCCGGACCUGCAUCGAGAGGGAUGAAGAGCCCAGCAAGGAAAAGGGUCCCGAGCCCUCAUGGACACAGAAUGGGGACAGCCAGAAAACCCCACAGAUACAGACUGGGGACAGCCCAAAAACCCCACGGAUACAGAAUGGGGACAGCCCGAAAUCCCCACGGACACGGAGUGGGAACAGCCAGAAAACCCCACAGAUACAGACUGGGGACAGUCCAAAAUCCUCAUGGACACGAAGUGGGAACAGCCAGAAAACCCCACAGAUACAGACUGGGGACAGCCCAAAAUCCUCAUGGACACGAAGUGGGAACAGCCAUAAAAUCCCACAGAUACAGACUGGGGACAGCCAGCACUCCCCACAGACAGAGACUGUGGACAGCCCAAAAUCCUCAUGGACACGAAGUGGGAACAGCCAUAAAAUCCCACAGAUACAGACUGGGGACAACCAGAACUCCCCACAGACAGAGACUGGGGACAGCCCAAAAUCCUCAUGGACACGAAGUGGGAACAGCCAGAAAACCUCACAGACAGAGACUGAGGACAGCCCAAAAUCCUCAUGGACAAGGAGUGGGAACAGCCAGAAAACCCCACAGAUACAGACUGGGGACAGCCAGCACUCCCCACAGACAGAGAGUGGGGACAGCCCAGAGUCCCUGUGGACACGGAGUGGGAACAGCCCAAAGUCCCCGUGGACACAGACUGGGGACAGCCCAAAGUCCCCAAGGACACAGAGUGGGAGCAGCCCGAAACCCCCACAGACACAGAUUGGGAACAGCCCCAAGUCCCCACAGGCACACACUGGGGACAGCCAGACACUGCCUCAGACACAGACUGGGGACAGUCAGAACCCCCUCCAGACAGGCGUCCCCAACAAUCAGAAGCCCCCACUGACACCAGAAGAGAUGGAGCAGCAGGAAGAGGCUUCGGGACAGGAUCCCAUGCCCAUGGAAGCUGGCCCAGAACUCCCCAUCCUGAUGAUGAACGUGAUGUCCCUGGGGGAGCAUCAGCUGGGGACGGUGGCAGAGGAGGACCUGGAGAUGGAGGAGGACCUGGCAGAGCCUGACACUGAGGAAGCCUUAUCCAUGGAAGAUGAAACACCAUGCGAAGGGGCUUCUCCUGAGGACAUCAAGGUGAAGGAAGAGGAGCCUGAGCUGCUGGCAGAGGAACCCACACCCUCUCCCAGCUCAGAAAUCCAGAAGUGUCCCAAAAACGAGCUGGUGAAAGCCAAGAUCAAGAAGAAGCCGAACCGGUGCGAGGCCAGCAACCUCCUGAUGGGCAACUGCCGGCGCGGGUACGUGCGGGAAUGGUCCCAUCCCUGCACGGAGUGCGGGAAGCGCUUCCGCCUCAAGAUCAACCUCAUCAUCCACCAGCGCAGCCACGCCAAGGAGGGGCCCUACGAGUGCCCCGUGUGCGAGAUCGGCUUCAGCAACAAACGGCACCUGGACCUUCACCGCAGCAUCCACAUCAAGGACAGAGCCUUCGGGGCCAAGGUCUGGGGCAACGUCCACCCCGAGCUGCGCGUCCGCCCGCGCAGGGACCUGUGCGGCGGCCACAGGCUGGGCGGCGGCAGCGGCCACGCCGGGGGGAACUGGCUGGGCCAGCCCAAGGAGGAGCCGGACAGAGAGGGCCUGUCCGGCUCCGGGGUCGUGCAGCCGCCCAAUUCCAGGCUGAAGUGCCCCCACUGCAAGAAGUUCCUGUCCUGCUCCACGUCGCUGCGGCGGCACCUCCAGACCCACACGCGGGACCGGCCCUACUGCUGCAGCUCCUGCAACAAGUGCUUCACCCGCAGCAAUCACCUCCUGCGCCACAAGAAGAUCCACGAGAGGGCUCUGGCCGCGCUCCAGCAGGAGGCCGAGGCCCAGCCCCCUGCUGCUGUCCCGGCAUCCCUGCAGCACCAAGCUCCCGAGGCUGAGAGGAGCCCUUCCCAAGAGAAUGGGAGCCCUGAGGCUGCAAAAGCGAGCCUGCCCAACGUGCUGCUGUUGGGAGCAGCGCCACUGGGGCUCCCGGGCAGAGGCUCCCCACUCCCUGACUGCGUCAGGAAAAAUGUGCAGCCCGUGGUCCAGCUGGGAUCGAGGGCAGUGGCUUCGGAGAUGACAGAGAAAUGACAGAUGACAGACCCUGGAACAGAUCUGAACUGUGCAUGUCCCUGGAGAGAAGCUGCGAGUUUGUUGAGUUUGCACCUGGUGGGACACCGAGAAUGGGAAUCCGCUGUGUUUUAGGAGCUUCCUGGGUUGUGGAAAGAAUGGGAAGCUUGGAGACCACAACAGAGAGCAAAUUGCAGAAGCCUCCAGUGAUCCAUAAUGCUUCACCAUUCCACUGACUUGUUCCUGUUGGCUGACAGUUGGAAUUUUCCCAAGCUGACAUUCCUGGGAGAUGACCAGGUGAAUCAUGGUCAAACAGGAGCAGAGCUUUCGCAUUCUUUGAUGUUGGAGCUGACCCCUUGCAUUCGGAAACACAACCGAAGAGGGCAAGGAGAAGGGAACGGAGCUGGCAGCAUUCCCAAGCAGCCCUUUGCUCCACGGACCAAGCCUCCUGACUGAGACACCAGAUGGAGAGUGACAUCUCUGAGACCCCACUGUGUCCUGGCCACCCUUGCCACCCCCACCCUGGGGCAGAGAUCAGCAACACUCCCUCCAGCAGGUUGGGAACACUGGAGCUUUGCACUGGAAGAUCCAUAGGACAAACCAAACCCCAAAUUCGGUGCUGGCCUAUUCCGGGGAUCCCAGCAUCAGGGAGGCCACAGGCACCCUCAGGACCAAUCCUGCAUGGGUGCAGAGUGAUCUUAGGAAUACUUGACGGGUCAGCCAGCCCAAUGCUGCAGCAGCACCUCAAUCCUCGUGGAUCCGCCUGCACAGAGCAGCCCCUCGGGGCUCUGGAGGAAACUCCCGCUCUCCCAACCGCAGCUCGUCCCCUUUUGCCCAAAAUCCCACCGUAACGAAUCCUACGGGAAAACAGUUCUGUACCUACCUCAGUCAGGGAGAGGGGGACCUGCCCAGAGCCAGGCCUGGCGCUGCCUCAGUGUCCCCGAGAGCCACCGGAGCAGUGUCCGUGCCACACGGACACAGUGGAGCAGCUGCUGGGACUCUUGCAUUUAGUUCUCCAGGUUAUUUUGUUUGGAGUUGUUUUAUGUAAUUAUUUGAUAUCCUGAGAUCUCUGAGCAGUGAGCACUGGCAGGCUUUUCCCAUCUUUCAUUCCGAGUCACUCCCAAGGGGUGAUGGUGCUGCUCUGGGAAGCUUUGGGAGCUGAGGGAACGAACGCCUGUGCCACAUCCAGGUGUGAUCCUCAGCCACCUCCUGCUCCAUGGGACGGGCAGCAGCGUCUUGAGCUGCUCCAUAGAAAUACACACGACAUCCCACUGCUCCUCUGGGCUGGUGUCUCACACUUCCUGCCCCUGGGACGGCAGUGUGGAGCAUUCCCAGCCUGCAGCAGGAGACGGGAGGGGUGCCAGUGGCAGACACGGGGCAGUUUGGUGCUUUGUGGACACAUGACCACAGAUCUGGCAGUGAGCCAGCAGCUGGUUAUCCCUGUUAUCCCUGCCCAGGUAGAGAUCCCAAUGCUCCCCAGUUGAUCCCAGGGGCAUGGCUGAGCUUGUGUGCUGGUGGCUGAAUCCCCCCAGGCCAGCAGAAGGGCCAGCAGCCCCAGCCUGGCAUUUCUAAAUCUGCUGUGACCAGGAGCAGCGUUUCCUGCGACAUUCCCAAUCCCUUUCUCAGGCUGUGGAAUCAAUAAAGUAUUUGUCUCUUA